CGUCGCCGCGCGCGGGGGGGGGGGGGGGACGAGAAGUGCUCGGUCUUCACGCGAGAGCAGAAACCAGGUGGGAGCCCCGGACCUGAGGUCAGAGAGGCUGAGAGAGAGAGAUGGGAGCACUGAAGUCCAGACCGGAUCCGAUUGAAUACUCUGGUCUGUCGGAGAAAACUGGCUUUUCACUUAGGCGGAUUAAAGUCCUCCACAACAGGUUCAAACAGCUUUCUCAUGGAAGUGAUGUCUUAAGGAGGGAAGAUUUCAAUUGCAUCUCUUAUCUGAAAAAUAAUCCCAUUCGUAAAGACAUCAUAGAGGCUUUCUUUAACCGAAGAAACUUUUCCCAGAAUCAACGGGGCAAGGCAGAAGAGAUUGGCUUUGAAGAAUUUCUGGUGAUCAUGUCUUAUUUCAGGCCCCCGUCUACAAAAAUGACAGAUGAACAGCGUAAAAGUAUGAGGAGAGAGAAACUUAAAUUUAUAUUCAACAUGCAUGACUCAGAUGGCGAUGGAUUGAUAACGCUUGAGAAUUACAGACAUUUGGUGGAGGAGUUGUUGUAUCGCAGCGAAGAACUGGGGAAAGAAACAGCCAGAGCCAUUGCUGAUGCAGCCAUGUAUGAAGUGGCCAGAACAGUUGGUCACACGGACCCCGAUAAGUUUUAUGAGGGAAUCACCUACGAGCAUUUUCUUAAGCUGUUGUCUAACUUUGAGAUCGAACUAAGGAUGCACGUUCGGUUUUUGAAGAUGGAUCUUAACCCUUUCUGCAAGUUAGGUUGUCAACCUUAACUGUGUGAUAUUAAAUUCUUGUUUUGCUCUGUAGCAACAUGCUUGCACUGACGAUACGCCUCAUAUAUGUUGGAACAACUAUGCAAACUGAACGACAAUUUCAAUUUAUGAGAAGACUAAAUUCUAAGCAAUAAGAUUGCACUAUGCCAACACAGAGCAAUGAUAUUCAAACAUUGAUGACUUUGUUGAUGUAAAUUUGAACGGAUGUACAAAUUAUUUUCAUAAAUCGAUAUUAUCGUUGUCUUGUAUGAUCACAGAAAAUAUUUAUGUCUUUAUUAUAGAAUAUGCAUGCCUUGCAUUGUUUGCACAAAAAGGGACCUUAAACCCUUUUAAGGGUUUAAGGUCUUUAUUAUUUGCAUUUAUUUAAAAAGAGAUAACAUUUUGGUUCAAGUAAAAAAUGUACAACACACUUCUUGGGCAUGAAUGCUCUUUCAACUUUUGGCCUUAAAUCAGACUUUUGAAUUGUCUUUUUUCAAUCAGAGGGAAUGUCACAACUCAUCCAAUCCACCACAAACUCUGAGUUAAAGCCUUUACGGCAUCAUGACUCGAUUACACAACUCUUACACCUGUUGCUAUGGCUAAUAGCUUUUAACAUGGCUCGACUGCCGUUCUUGCCAGAAUGGGUCGUUUUCUGAUUCUGUUACAGAUUUUUGAAAUUAAUAAAGUUGUACCAUAACCAGUCAAGUCUGGAAAAUAAUUCAAAGCCAAAAAUUGAUGUAACAUUCAUGCCAACAAAGAGUGCAGGUUUGUGAAUGGAACUUUAUUUAAAAAAAUAUCCACUUCUAUUGUUAGCAGUGUUCAAGAAAUGAAUGGUAUCUGGAUACAAACGACUAUAUAUGUGAAUGCAGGGGCUUGAACAUGCAAAGUUUUAUUUUUGUAAUGCUCCUUGAUCAAAUAUAUUAUGGUUUGUCUCAUGGAAAAAUGUUUUUUUGUUGUUUUCUUUCUAUUACAGAAGAUAUUUAUUUCUAGUUGUGAGCAGUAAGUGCCAGUUCCCUGCACUCUAUAGACGCAAACUAAAGGAACUGUUUAUUUUUUGUAUCUCUCUAGAGGAAAAGGGAACUUUGGGUCUAGUGAAAAAUCUACAUACAUUCAUCAUGGGCAUAAAAUCCAUAUUAAUGUAGUGACUUGAAUGAUGCAUGAACCCUUUAUUUCUCAGGAUGGAGUUAUUGUACAACAAAGCCUCAAUGAUUUCUAAAUAAGCAGAAUAAUAACAUGUACAUAAUCUUUGUGCUACUUCAUCAUAAGAGGACCAUUCAUAUAUUUUAAGGUUAGUAUAAGAUUAUGACAUUUCUUUAUGGAGAGAGAACAGCAUUUGAGCAAAUGGUGCAAAGAUUUAUCAGAAAAAACCAUAACCUGAAAUAAAAAUGAAUAAUGGAAACCAUUUUCUUUGACCAACGGUGAGAAAACCGAAGCAACUUAAAACAUUUACAUUUUCUCUCAAAGUUUAUGGUGCAAUUUUUGACAAACAUAACCGACAUUUUCACAUACGAGUCUUUGAGAAGCUUUCUGAACUGAACGAAAAUAAAUACAAGCAUAAAAAGCAAAACAAAAUGAAACUUAAAAACAGCAAGUCAGCAUUUGAACUUUAUACCAAAUGGUGCAGCAAUAGGAAGACAUGUUGUCAUCUUUCUUCCUUCUGCCCACGCUUUUCUGACUGUCGGACGUUAAAAACAAUCAUUAAAUAAUGAAAUUGCUUAAAAAAUGAGAACUCAUAAACCUGAGUCAUUAGUAGCAUUAUUAUUGUAAUUGCUUAUGGCCUAUUAUUCAGUGAUAGGCCACAAGUCUAUCACUGAAUACUUUGUUACUGAGAUAUACUGCCAUCUAGCGACAGUAUGUCAAAUUCUGGCCUCGUCACGAAUCUGGCAACAAACGAACGAAAUAAUAAUAAAAAAGCAUAUUUACAAAUGUAUGAGUAAAGUGCAUUUUUCAAAAUAUGUAUCAUUUGUUUCAUAUCUGAGUUUUUUAACAAUAGUUAUUAAAUUAUGAAAUUAGAUGAGUAAUAGACAAAUGUAGAAACAUGGAUGCCAUGAUAAACAAUGUUGUGUUCUGGUGGCCAUUAAUGGUCAGAAAUUGUUCAGAUUAAAUUAUGUUAAGGGUCCCAAACAGCUUCUUAGAUGCUAAAGUCUGAAUGUGACUGAAAUCACCCUGAAUGUGUGCCACAUCCAAACUCAUGUUAUACCUGGAUUCUGCAUUUUCUCCUCAUACAUUCAUAUUCAGUAAAUGAAUCAGUUGUGAAAUUAAAAAUAUCUUUUGAAAAUGAUCACCCUUCAAUCUGCUAUUAUACAUUUAACAUUUUCUGUCAU